GGCUCUAGAGUCUAGAAGAUAAGAUAGCAUUGUGUACAUCUUCUUGCCCAUUCAUAUCACUUUACCACUUUAGACAGUCUCGGUAACAUAGAUAACGUUCAAGAAAAUGAAGACCUUUCUCUUGAGAUCCCAGUUCAAUCUACUUCGUUGCACCACUUUCACCGAUUCAACUUCAAAUCCUCCAUUUCUCGCACCCAUCAAAACCACAUCAUAUCCAAAACACAUUAAAGAUCUUCCCACAUCUGUUCCACUUUCAAAAAAUACUACCAUCCGAAGACAAAAUCUAGUUUUUCCUACAAAAUCCAAUCACAUAAGCAAGCCCUUAGUCUUAGAACUCGUUCCCAAAUGCCAAACUCCCUUGAAGGAGGACCUUCUUCAAGUUUACUCUAAUGGGUAUUCAAGGUUUGUUAUAUUAGGAGCUGUUUCUCUAGGACUGAUGCUGUUUCUUAUGGGAAUGGAUGACCAGAAAGCUUUGGCUCUGGGUCCAGAAGGGCCUCUGGUGGAAGAGUUUUGGGAAAAUGUGAGAAGAUAUGGUCUAUACGCUCUCACAGUCAGUACAGGUGCUAUUUACACAAUCUUUCAGCCUAUAUUCGAGUUGCUGAAGAAUCCCAUUUCAGCAAUUCUCAUCCUAACCGUCUUUGGGGGAGCUAUUUACAUUGUAUCCCAAGUUCUUUCUGCAAUGGUUGGUGUAUCUGAUUUCACUUAUGAUUAUGGAUAUUAGAUUAUAACUUUGUAAGUUUUUUUUGUAUGAAAAGGUUUCCUGGCCUUAAUUUAGCUCAAGAAAACAUGUCUUUCUUCAUUUA